UUGAGUGAAGUGGAUACUUCUUGGAUUGAAAGAAAGAAGUUGAUUGUAGGCAGGCUAGACGCUGGAAAGAAAUUCCGAAUUAUUUUCAAUAUAUAUUCCUUCUUUUUAUCUAAUUUUGUACUAAGUGUAGUAUGAAUGCACAAUGAUUCAUUUUAAAGACAACAAGAACAAAUCGGCACUCAGUACAAGAUGGGCGCAAAUGUCGAAACAAGAACAAAUUAUCGAGAGAAAGAAAAUGGAGAUACAGGCCAAGUUGGAGGCCCAAAAGCAGGCUGCAGCGCUCGCCGCUCAAGCUAAACUAUCGAAUCCAAGCCAAAAAGAUGACAAAAAUUCAGUCAACAUAUUUUCCAAUGAUGGCAGUUUUAUGAACCAAUUCAAAGCAUUGCUUGAGAAACAACAGCAGGACAAGCAAGAGAAACAAGAACAAGAGAAACAACAAACUGAAGAAGAAACAAAACCGAUUAAACAUGAGAUUAAUGAAAUACAGAGUCAACAAGAUGAUGACUUUGAUAGAGACCGUUAUGGUCCAGGAAUGGAUGAUAGAAGGAAUUCGGGAGAUAGGAGCCAGAUUCAAAGGGACAAGAAUCGGCGGUGGAAUGAAAGAGGCCGGCCCCGUCCUCACAGUCCCAUAACUCCUGUUAUAGAACUUAUUGAUACCAAAAAUCCACACAGUAUCCCACCUCUUAUGCAAAUUCCUGUAAUGCCACCAAAUUCCCAACCUUCCGAUUCUGAUCGUAACCAAUGGCUUCUUGGUUCAAAGUCUGAUGAAGAUCCUGAUUCCAGUGCGGAGCUAAGCACAAAUAUGGGCCCAGGUCCUUUGGGACCUGGACCUCUACCUCCAGGUAUCAUGGGUCCCAGUUUAAUGGGACCUGGUCCUAACAUGGGACCAGGACCAAAUAUGGGCCCUGGUCCUAAAAUGGGACCUAACUCUAAUUUAGGGCCUGGACCUUUGAUGCCGGGCUCAAACAUGGGACAAGGCCCUAACAUGGGACCUGGACCUAACAUGGGACCUGGGUCGAAUAUGGGGCCAGGACCUAAUAUGGGUCCUGGAUCAAAUAUGGGACAAGGGCCAAAUAUGGGCCCUGGACCUGGUCAAAAUAUGGGUCCGGGACCUAAUAUGGGCCAUGGUCCAGGAAUGGGUCCUGGACCUAUGAUGGGCCCCAGAGGUCCUAUGCCACCAAUGCCGCCCGGUGGCCCUAUGCCACCAUUUAUGGGAGGGCCACCCAAUUUCCCUAUGCCGCCAAACUUCAUGGGCCCGAAUGGCCCAGGUGGCCCAUGCGGUCCAAUGCCACCUAACAUGUGUGGUCCAAAUAUGGGACCUGGUGGACCUGGCCCCAAUGGGCCCAUGCCUCCAUUCUUUGGUCCGCCAUUCCCCAAUCCUAUGAUGGGACCUAAUGGUCCCCCCAAUUCAAUGAUGCCUCCAAAUUCUAUGAAUAAUUCCAAUAUGCCGUUUAUGGGUGGACGCCCACCAUUCGGGCCUAACGGUCCUCCGAACUUUGGGAAUGGCUCUGGGCCUCCUAUGCCUCCUUUCAUGCCACCUAACUCUAUGCCUCCGAAUUCCAUGCCAAUGCAUCACCCUGACUCUAAGCCUAUGGAUAACCCUCCAAUGAAACCAGAAGGGAUGACAGUACCCCCACCUAUGCCUCUGAGCCUAUUGGCAAACCUGAAAGACAUGGAUAACUCUGCAGCACCCUUCAAGCCAUCACAAGUUCUCUCUGCAGAUUCGUUGCCGCCGUCAGUACUCCGCGCAGCCGGCGAAGUCGCGUGCAACGGCGACCACUGGGAAAAUGUCCUGAAAGCAAUUCACUCACAAGAUCAAAAUUUGUGGUUCCUUCACAACACAAAUUCGAACGAGUACAAGGUGUUUAGAGAUCUCGUUGGUAAGAUAAGAGCUGAACAGGGCGACAAGAAGCCUGAAGUCAAGCCUGAGGACAAAUAUGAGCCUGAAUUCAGUCUGGAAGACGACGAUAGUAAUGAUGAUUACAGAUAUAACAAGGAUGAUAGUACAGACAGACCAUUCAAACGUGAACAAGCGAGCUCUCAAAGCGAUGAGGAGUCAGACAGCAAGCGAGAGAGACGUAAGAAGAAGAAGUCUAGAUGGAGCGAUGAGCCACCGGCCGCUGAUAUUAAACCUCCCGGCGUAGUCGCUCCUAUGCCUGGCUUGUUACCAGGAGCUAAAUUGGCUAAGAUAGACGAAGAAGGAAUAAAACUGAGCACAGUGAACCGCAAUAAUCAAGCGUUGAUGCAAUAUGCUAUGACCAACUACGGUACUACCAACUUAAGCGCUGAAGAUUGGAAGAAAUGUGAAGAUAAUUUCAAGCUUAAUCUUUUGUAUCAGGACAUGUUAAAGAAACGCCAAGAAGUUGAGCGUUUGGCUGCCGCUGGCAAAUACAAGUAUGAAUACGACAGCGACGAGGACACUGCAGAGGGUACCUGGGAACAUAAGUUAAGAGCUAAAGAAAUGAAUGCAACUGAGAAAUGGGCGGACGAGUUAACAAAACAGGCGGCUGGAAAACAUCACAUCGGAGAUUUUUUACCACCAGAAGAACUUAGAAAAUUUAUGGAGAAAUACUCGGCGUUUAAAAGUGGCAAGGAGCCAGAUUUGAGCGACUACAAAGAAUUCAAGUUGAAGGAAGACAAUGUUGGUUUCAAAAUGCUACAAAAGCUGGGCUGGACUGAAGGACAAGGCCUCGGCGCAGAGGGUUCAGGAAUCGUAGAACCUAUUAACAAAGCAAAUCAGCCCGUAGCGAACUUGGGUCUCGGCGCAUCCACCUCUGACGUUGUAUCGGCCGAGGACGAUGAAUUCGACGCCUAUAGGAAACGGAUGAUGCUCGCCUAUCGCUUUAGGCCAAACCCUUUGAACAAUCCACGAAGACCGUAUUAUUAAGAAGAAUUUAUGAAGACUUAUUAUAUUCCCGUAGCUAGGCAUGUUAUUAUGUAAAGGCGUAAGCUUGUUUCUGCGGAGUUUACUAUCUUAGGUAUUAUUCCUUUUUAUGAAUGGUUGCUAAUAAUGUUCUAAUUAUGCUGCCAAAUGUAUGUAUUUAUGCUUAUCAGUUACUGAAUUAGUAGGUACAUACUUAAGUUCCUUGCUUAAAGUACAGUACAAAUUAUGAAUCCCUUUUUGUAAAUUGCCCCUGUAUUUAUAAAUAUCGUAAAUAUUUUUGAAAAUUCGUAAUUGCAUGAGAGAAAAACAGAUUCGAUAAAGCAGAUUUUUUAUAAAUAUGGGGGUAAAUAGCCUUUAUGUACUUACGUAAGUACAAUUUUAUAGCACGACGAAUCAUGAUUUUAAAUCCGUAUUCUAGAACAUUACUCAAACUUUUACUGCAUGGACGUUUAAAGCUACUCGGUAAGUGGCAUCAAUCUAUGAAUUGAGAUCAAAGGAGUAUCGUUCUAGAAACGGACACAUUCCUUUUUCGAAUAUUUUAAGGACGGCUCUCGGGUCGGUUUUAAUAUAGACGCAGCUACAGAUCUAAGUAUAUUUUAUAUCACAUAACUUUGUAUGUAACUAAAUGUGUUCCAAACAAAUAUUAUAAGUACCUAGACACAAAAUUAUAAAACCUGUCCUUUUAAAAAAAUACAGCGAUCUUAAUAAGACCAUAGAUGUUACAAAUUAUGAGUGUUUGUUCGUAAAACUUAAGCAAAAGUUGGUUCUAGCCAGUUGUCAAUAAAGGAGAUUUUAACGGUAAAGGCA